UACUACGUCCAUGUCUUCCUGAAAACUUAUGAUGGUUUCCCAUAUAUUCUCUACCUUAACACUCGCAAUUCUCGCAACCCGGACAAGCGCUGCGUGUGCGCCUGAUGUUCCUGAAGGGUUUCUCGCCAAUUUCGAGGUGCUCCACCAUACUGCAAUUUCCAAGGCCUUCGAGGGCAUUGAAAAGCUUCUGCGGGAGCCCUAUGAUGGGAAUGCUACAAGAGAUGGGCUAAGUUUCGCGAUUGUCCAUGCCUCCUCGCCCACACCCGUAUACACCUUCAAUGCUGGUGCUCUGAAGUUCAACGAAACGUCUCUGUAUCAAUCUAAUGCAACCGAAAACACUGUUACCAGCGACUCGAUAUUACGCGUCGCAUCUGUCACCAAAAAUGUCGUCAUGACCAGUGCUUUAUUUCUCUCCCAGCUUUCCAAUCACACCAUCACCCUGGAUACACCGGUUCGACAACUUCUGCCAUCGUUCCACCUACCGUCCCUCGACUGGUCAGAUGGCGGCAGCGAAAUAACGCUAGGCAUGCUGGCAAGCCACACAAGUGGCGUUACGAGAGAGAGCUUUAGCACCGAUUUCAACCAGGUGUUGAGCACUGGAAAAGCCACAGCCAGCCACGUGGGAGACUUGUGGGCAGCUCAGACUGUUCAGAGCGUGAUUGGGAUGGCCGGAAGGACGGCGUUAAUGUAUAAGCCCGGGGAGAGAUCUGCAUACUCAAAUGCGGGGAUUGGAAUCCUGGGAGCUGCUAUAGCAUCAUACUACAACGAGAUCGCAAGCAUGAAUCUGACUUGGAGUCAGUUAGCCACUCAGGAGCUGUUGCAACCUCUCAAUAUGACGAACAGCUUCCUUGGACCCAUCCCUGACAGUAUGAUCCCCUUCAUCUCGGUACCUGGAGGGGACAACUGGGCCGAUCUUGUGGUCGGAGAGGGAUAUAACCCGGCAGCGGGAAUGUGGAGCUCAGCGAAUGAUCUCUCUAAAUAUAUUCAUGGCGUCUGGUUGCAACAGUCUCCCACACUUAUCUCGUCCUCGGACCGACGCCGUGCGUUGAAGCCAGUAUACACCCUGCAAGACGGUAAGCAGCAGGUCGGGCCCGGGUGGGAGAUCGGUCUCCGCACGUAUAAUGUAAGUUCCCACGAAGGCGACCCCACAAGCAAGACCUACAGCAUCUACGGAAAGUCAGGUGGCGGAGGCGGCUGGCGGUCCUGGAUCGAUGUCGUUCCCAACCUAGGCUACGGGCUUGUAAUUCUGAGUCAGACUGCGGGACUUCAAGAUUAUGAGACACUAUACCCAGCGAGUCUGUAUGGCGAUGUCCAAGAUAUACUCAUCCCUGCUUUUGCGGAAGCACUCGCCGCGGAAGUGGAGAAGAAAUAUGCUGGUGCGUAUGGAAGUGGCCAGGAUGCCGGCAUCAUUACAGAUGUGGUAAGUAUCAACGUUACAAACUCGACAACGUAUGCGAGACUUGAGGUUGAAGAUCAGAUCCUGUACAUGCGAGAACUAGUGGUCAAUGGCAGUAGUGCCUUGGAAGCCAUUGAUAGAUUGAGUUGGCCUGAGGACAGCGUGGGGGCGCCAUACUUCUCUAGACCAUCUGGUGUGGUGCUCGACCCUGCUGGUGGAGCGAGCGAGAAUGCGGAUUUUGGUGACGGUGCGCAGGUGUUCAGUAUGAAGGCCGCUGGAGAGGAACAGUGCAACUGGUUUGACUACGCUGGAUACAAAGAUCAGAAUGGGUGGCCUCUGACCAAACUUGUGCUUGUUGAAAAUCCGGAUGGUAUUGCGCUGCAUUAUCCACCAUUUGACAUCGUGGUCAAGAAAUCCUGACGCUGGCCUCAGUAGAAUUGCUACCAUAUCGUAAUCGAAUUGAUCUAAAGCCAAUCUGCUAGCCUGCUUGCAAGUUAUUGGCCAAUAUGACUGUGAGACUGCAUUCUGGACAAAUGCGACGGUAACAAAUUUCUCGAAUACGUUAG